CUUUUGGUAAAGAGACAUAGCUUUUCUCUAUGUGUGAUUUGGCUGUGUGCAACAGAAGUCCUAUAUAGCAUUUGCAAGAAUAGCCAUGGAUUUUGAUGAAAUUCUACAUCAUGUAGGUGACAGUGGAAGAUUUCAGAUUUGUAUGAUCAUCCUUCUCAACAGUUUAGCCUUGGUGUUUUCCCCUCAUGAUGUCCUGGAGAAUUUUACAGCAGCCAGCCCUGCUCAUCACUGCCGUAUAAACCUUGACAAUUCAAGAUCUGAAGUUAGUACUGACAUGAACUUGACUACUGAAGCUUUGAUGAAGGUCUCCAUCCCAAUGGGCCCAGAUCAGAAACCCGAGCAAUGCCGACGCUUUAGGUACACCCAAUGGCAAUUUUUAGAUUCCAACAUAUCAACUUUUAACAGCACUGAGCUAGAGACUGAGCCGUGUCUAGAUGGAUGGACAUAUGACCACAGUGUUCUUACUUCUACCAUUGUCACUGAGUGGGAUUUAGUAUGUGAUUUUCAGUCAUUCAAAUACUAUGCACAAGCCACCUCUUUGGCAGGACAUUUGGUAUCUGGUCCUAUAUCUGGCAUUAUUUCUGACAGGUUUGGAAGGAAGCCAUUGUUGAUGUAUUGUUGCCUAGCCUAUGGGGCUUUGGGGUCCUACUGUGCCUUUGCCCCCAAUUUCUCCGUUUACUGUGUUUUGAGAUUCCUGUUAUCUGCCUUCCAAAGUACUAUUUUGAUCAACUCUCUUAUCCUUGUUUUGGAAGAAGCAUCAGCCCAGUGGUACCCCACAAUCAUAGUACUCAGUGGACUGUUUUACAGUAUUGGCCAGGUUGCACUUGGGGGACUAGCCUAUGUGAUUUCGGAUUGGCACUUACUUCAACUUGCAUGUGCCUUGCCCGUCUUCAUCUUUUUUGUUUUGUUCUGCUGGGUGCCAGAAUCAGUCCGGUGGCUCAUAAUCACUGGCAAAACAGAUAAAGCAUGGAAGGAACUCCAGAGAAUUGCCUCCAUCAAUGGGAAGAAAGGCAUUGCACAAAAUCUAACUACUGAGGACUUGCGAUCCAAACUUAAGGAAGAUGUGAAUUCAACUGGAAAGCUUUUCAGAAUAAAGGACAUCUUUAUUAAUCCCAUGAUACGUAAAAUAGUGCUUUCAAAUUCCAUUGUAUUUUUUGCAGAAUUUUUCAGCUUUAUUGGCCUCUUGUUGAAUGUUCAACUGUUGGGAAAGAACAUAUUCUUGACCCAGAUUUUUCUAGGUUUGAUAGACGUGCCCAGUAAAUCACUCACAUAUUUUACAAUAAGAAAUGUAAGCCGUCGUCCUUUAAUUGCUUUUUUGCUACUUACAACUGGAAGUUUUAUUACCAUCACCAUAUUCAUCUCUGAAGAGAUGUAUGUCCUGCGUACUAUUAUUUUCGUUUUGGGAAAAGGAUGUUUUGCAGCUUUCAAUUGUGUAAGCACAGCAUACAGCAAUGAACUCUCACCAGUAGAACUCAGGUCAACUCUAAAUGGUGGUUUUUUAACUGUUGCUCGAUUAGCUGGGGUCCUGUCUGCACUAACACUUGCUACUAGAAAGUAUUUUGUACAUCUUCCCAUGAUACUCUAUGGAGUCCUACCCAUAGUGGCAACAAUCAGCAUCAUCUUUCUGCCAGAGACCUUUAAUCUCCCACAUACUGACAUUAUCAAGGAUAUGGAGAAAAGGAAAAGAUUGAUGAGCAAAAACAUCAGUAAAAAAGAAGGGCAAGACUUCUUGGAAACUACCGAGUGCUAAAGAGAGUCAAGAUCCACAGGGUUCCAUCCACAUAAAGACUCUUUAUUCUGUCCUGUACCCUAGAGACUUUACCCAUUGAUCAGCAGUUACAGAUAUAUUUAUUAAGUGAAGCUACUGCAAAAGUAAAUCUCUCAGCCAAUCCGUUAUAUAGAUGCAAGUCCUAAGGUUUUUAUCAAAUACUGGAGUACAGUCCCCUUUCAUAAAAAAUGUGAGAGCAAAUCUGUGCAACAAACAAACAAACAAAAAGAAAAACCACAACUUAUUUUGUGCUUGUCCUGAAAUAUUUAUAUUUUGAUUUGAAAAUCUUGAUAAGAAUAAGCAUUGGAAACUUACAGAUUGUUGAACAACAACA